AUGGAGCACCGGGUAUUCGUGUUCAACGUCAGACAGAAUCUCUGGAACAAGGCAUGGCAGCCUUCCGUUCCCAAGAAGAAGGGAGCCGGAAGAAACCCGAAGGAGGUGACCGAGAAAAUGAAGCUGCUCGAUCCCAACAGCUACAUCCGGAAGAUGGAGAGAAGCCUCAAGAAGAAGACGGAGGAGAUGGCCAUGGGCCUGCAGAAGAUGGGGGAGGAGGGGCAGAGAUCGGAGGAAAUCCGAAAGUAUAUGAGGAAGAAGGGAAACGAGGAGCAGAAGAUCCUGAAGGAGAUUGAGAGAUUGAAGGGGCUCCGAGGCGGAGCACAGGCAGGCCCAGAAAGGUCAGCAGGGCCAGUACCAGUGCCAGGCCAAAUUCCAGGCCAAUGGGCAUACCAAGAGCCAGGACCAGCUUGGCCAAUAGUAGACCCAGCACCAGUACCACGCCCAAUGCCAGGCCAAUGGGCACACCUCGGGGCAGGGCCAGCUUGGUCAAUGGUAAGCCCAGCACCAGUAUCAGGCCCAAUGUCAAUGCCAGGCCAAAUUCAAGACCAACGGGCAUACCUCAGGGCAUGGCCAGCGAUGGCAGGGCCUGAUUUUGCAGGCACAACUCCAGUGCUAGGGCAGAUGGCACAGAUUAUCGAGCCCUACGGGGCACAGCCAAACGAGCACGCCGCACAAUUCUACGACCCAGGUGCCGACCUCGGCUGGCAGCAGCCUCAAUUCGCGCCUGCCCUUCCCGAUGCGGCAAUAUGGUCAACACCUGGCGAUAUUGGCAACCCCAUCCUCCUCGCUGAAGAGCCCAUUCUUGCCGCUGACGAGCACAUUGCCGUCGCUGACGAGCCUAUUCUCGCCGCUGAAGAGCCUAUUCUCGCCGCUGAAGAGCCCAUUCUCGCCGCUGACGAGCUCUGGGUUGAGCCACAGCCACCAGCGGAGGACGCCCCCUUAGCGCCAGAGGCGCGGUACCCAGGAUAUGAGCUUGGGCUGGAACUGGACUGGAUGGCUAUGGAAUCGAGUUAG